AUUACAUGUUCCAGAUACAUAUAUGAAUGCUUGUAGAUAUUUGGAAUGAUAAAACGAAAAUAGUUUUUAAUGUAUACAACGAGCAAAUGCAGGAUGUAGUAGUUCAACCCUCGAAAGUCGCAAAGACGAUUAAAGACGUUGUGGCAACAGCAGAUGUUUUCACAACGGAACGGAACGCGCCAAACAACGAACAAUGAAGUCAUACGUGCACGUGUGUUUAUGUGCAGCAGUUGUCAAUUGUGCUAGAACUGACUUACCAGUAUACGAUUUAUAUGGCACUAAAGGAGAUUAUAUAUGUAGUGUUAUGUGUUGAUUAAGAGGGGGAGAAGUCCACACUCGACUGCGUUCACCAAAGUUAGUGGCAGUUGCUUGUAGUAAAAGACUUGGCAUGCGCAGUUGCGAGGAAGAAGUUGUCGGAAGCGCAGUACUCGCGGAAAUUAGGUAGAAAUUGUAUGAAGACAAUCAUUAAAUGUAUAUAAUUUGUUAAAAAUCAUCAAGUUAUGAAUUAUUAAAGUAAGAUAACUGCGUCAGUAAUAAAAAAUUGCAAGCGAAGUGAUAAUUCAGUGCAAAAUGUUCAAACAUAGCUAUUCAAAUGCAGCAUUUUGUCAGAACAGUGAAUUUUAUUCGACAAAUAGCUCAAAACCCAAUAACGCUGAGGAAGUAUGUAAUAGUAGUUUGAAUUUGAAUGAAAAUGUACCUACAAAUGUUAGCUGCAAUUCACGGGAUGGACCUUUACGAAUUCAACGAAGUAUGUCUACGCGUUCAUUUGUUUCUAAACCGACACUAGCACGAAAACCGUCGGUUAUUCGAAAUUUACCCAGAAAACAAAUUUUAAAUCAACAACAAAAUGUAAAAAAUCACUAUAAGCUUGGCAAUUAUUGUUCAGAAAAUAAUAUAACCGAGGGAAAUCAUACGCAAUACUCAAGUUCAUGUUCAGGAAGAUAUGCUUUAGUGCCCGUUGAAGAGCUAGUAAAUACCAAAAAUAAGCAAUACACGAUUAUUCCAGGUAUAACACCAUAUGUGGCUUCAAAACGUUAUGCAAAAUCUCAAGAAAAUUUGGAUCGCAUAACUUUAUGUGAGAGAUUGCAAAACAGUGAUGAACCAAAUUUUCUUCAUGGAGAUUCUACCGAUCAAUUUUGUAGUUUGCCAGCCGUGUCUUCAAGUAGAAUAAUAAUUAAUCAGACUCCUAAAAUAAAACAUGCCUUUUCUAGUGAUUUUAAUAGUACCUCAUUUUUACUGGUGGAUAAGAACAGUAAUCAAAAAUAUGAAAUGGUCCCAACUGCAGAAGAUGAAGAAAUUGUUGACGAUAAUCAAGAAAUAAUACAAAUGCACAAUGGUCGUGCUCACCGCUAUGCCGUCAUACCAACUGAAGAUGACAAUGAGAACUUGGAAACUGAGGAAGAGGAAACGUGUCUAAGCUCUGCAGAACUAAAUCGCUCACAAAUUUAUUUAGGAUUAAAUUAUGAGACAGAACAAAUGAUGUCUUUACGUACCUCAACGCCACAAAAGGAUGUAUCAAUAUCUAAAAAUGCUUCUUAUCCAAGUACCCCCUUAAAAAAUCCUGCGGCCACUAAAAUGCUUCAUGAAUUGUUAUCAACACCACGGAAAACACCAACUCAACAGUCUGCACAUCAACAGUCUGCACAUCGUAUCAAUUCUGGCAUCAAUCAUUUACAACGUUUAGAGCAUCGUACUCAGUACCAUAUUCAACAACAAAUUGAUUACGCACCACCAGGAGAACGCAAAAAGGAACUUUUACCGCAACGUUUACACUAUGAAACUGUAAAAACUCCAACAACAAUUGUGCAACCUGAUCGUACAAUGGCUGUAAUAACACCACGUGUAGCAGAAUCUAAAGUUUAUGCACAGGUGGACGAUUGUAGCAGUAUACAUGCGAAGUCGUUGAAUAACUCCUAUCCGCAAAAAGUUGCCAAUGCUACCAUUACGUUGGCAAUAGUUUCUUUGAUGUUAGUUGUGGGUAGCACUAUGAACUCUGGCCUUAUUAUUUAUAUGAUUGCACAUUUUGGAAAAUCAUUUUAUUUGCAAUUUAGUUUGAUGGCUGCUUUUUGUGGAGUAGGUCUUGGUUUUCUAGGCUUUCGGUCACGUCAUUGUGAGUGGCUGCCAAAUCGCAGUUACACUUCAGGUUAUAUAUUGGUUACUAUGUUUUGUUUACUUAAAUGUUGCGGUCUUCUGGUUAUACUUGUGCUGGAUCCGUAUCCUGGUUUACCUCUGCAUGAUGUAACAACUGGAGUGAUAUUGGGACUAUCCACAUUCACAAUAUUUUUCAUAGGUUUGGGAGUGAUUGGAUCGCUGUGGUGCUACAGACCGCCACCUGAUAAUAGAGUUAAUAUUAUUUAAUUAUUAAUUUAAUUAUUUAAUAAUGAACAAAUUUAUUAAACUUGUAAAAUAAUGCAGUAAAUAAGUUUUUAUUUAGUACUGGAUCAGCUAAGUACCAAAUAUUUGUGGUUAUAUUUCAUAUAAAGAAGACGAGGUUCUUAUUGUUUUACAGACGUCAUUGUAGUAUUUUAGCGUUAAAUAUGUAGUGUUUGAACUAAGUUCGUUUUAAGAUUACUUAAAAU